AGAUUUUGAAGUGUUCGGCCAAUAAUGGCGAUAAUUACGAAUUUACUGGCUAUAACAUCGCUUUUUGUGCCAAUUUUGGCUUAUCCACAAGGUGAUAAAAUUACAUAUGCACUUGACGAUGACAGCAACGAUGUGUUAUCCCGAUUUAGACAAUUUGAGAUACUUCCAUCAAGGAAUUCAUCGCAAAAAUUUUUAAGACAUCCAGAAGCAUCAACAGCACUCGAAAAUGGAGAAUAUUUUCAAGGUGAUAUGAAACUCUCGCCAGAACAAGAGAAAUAUUAUCUCACAGAUGAGGAUCUGGACAUAGGUGAAGGUGAAGACGCAGAAGGUGUUGGAUCAAGAACUGGAAUACGGAAUUUAAAAUAUCGCUGGCCCAAAGAUAAAAAUGGAAAGGUUAAUGUUCCUUAUAAAAUUGAUGAUGCUGCAAAAUUUUCUUCAUAUGAAAUGUCAAUGAUCAAACUUGCAUUUGCGGAUCUACAAGAAUUCACAUGCAUUAGAUACAUUCCAUAUACAUCAGAACCUGAUUAUAUAUCUAUAAUAUCUGGUCGUGGAUGUCAUUCAAGAAUUGGAAAAAUUGGCGGGAAACAAGAAAUUUCUCUGCAAAAAGUCGGGUGCUUCUCCCGUGGCACAAUCAUCCAUGAGUUGAUCCACACACUUGGAUAUGAUCACAUGCAAAAUCAUGCAGAACGAGACAACUUUAUCACAAUUAAUUUUGAAAACAUUAACACUGCUGAAAGACAUAAUUUUGAGCGUGUAGAUUCAAGAAAAUAUAAUAAUUUUGGAACUCCUUAUGACUACAUUUCAGUCAUGCAUUACGGACCAAAAGCCUUUUCAAGGAAUGGAAAAGAAACAAUUACACCAAAGCAAGCAGCUUUUAAGGACAAAAUUGGCCAAAGAAAAGGAUUAAGCGUUGGAGAUGCUCAGAGAAUCAACAACAUGUACGACUGUACAGUGGCAACUAAAAAGUUUUAAUGUGAAUUUUUGAUUAAUUGUCUAUAACUAUAAUGAAUUGAAUAAAAUCGGUCAAUGACUAAGGCUGUCUUUAUAUUUUGUCUACGAC